AUGACCGUCCAAGCACAAAAUCCUAUACAUGAUAGCAAAUACGUGAAAGUGGAUCCGGUAAGAAGAAAGAUACGAGGGUUCAAAGUCGGGACACUAGUUGCCAUUCCCCAUGCAUGUGAAUUGAUGGUUGAGCGACCCUUGUCAUCCCCUCAGGUGUGCGUCGGGAUCUGGUUCUACAGCCUGGCCCUGGUGAUUCCCCCAUACAUGGGAUGGAGUAACUACGUCCCGGAAGCGUUCCUCGCGUCCUGCACCUGGGAUUUCUACACCCGGACCUUGAGUAAUCGGACCCAUUACGUCUUUCUCCUCUUCUUUGGAUUCCUGGUUCCCGUCUCCAUCAUCUUCUGGGCUUAUCUCUCCAUCGUCCGCAGGUUUCGACUAGUCAGAGAAGCUCGAAAACGUAUGGAGUUCUGGGUGGCCAAGAUCGUCUUUGUCCUCAUCGUCCUCUUCUUAGUCUCCUGUACUCCGUACAAGAUUUUCAACUGCAUCGCGAUCUUCGGCGACAUCGAGCUGAUCACCCCCUGGGUCUCGGCCGCACUGGAGGUCUUCGCAAAGGCAUCCGUCGUCUACAAUCCCAUCGUGUUCGGGAUCUCCCACCCGGCGUUCCGCUACAACCUCAAGCGGAGGCUCGUCAAGAUUCUAAGCGCAAACAUGAACGAGGACGAGAAGGAGGCGUUCCAGCAAUCGUCCUCAUCUGACGCGUCCCGCCUCCAGCGCGGCAACGGCAGGCGACUAUCGAGGGACUCCUCGUCUGCCAACACAAAUCGGAUCCUGACUCGGUUCCGAGACUAUCACCGCGAAGCUAGCAGCGGUGGCGAUGACUCGAUCGUGUCCUGCCUCAAAGACAAACGUAACCCCAACCCCAACCCCAACCACAAAGAGAGGACGGUGCGAUUCCUGACUCCAGAGCCCCAGCUAAGCGAUGGAGGUUCUUCGAGGGAAAUAGACGGAAAAAAUAAUAGGGUGAAAGUAAAGGGGUCCUCUAUGGAUGGGAGUAAUUACAUCUUGCUUGAUCGCAAGGAGAACGGGGAAGCAAUCAUCCGCAUUUCGAAGAGGAAACGCCCUGGAGAGAGAAAUUGCACGCCUGGAGUUUCGGUCAAAAACCAGCUUCUCCAGAUGCUCCUAAGUGUUCUCCAGAAAAACGAGGAUCCAGCCGCAGAAAAAGACCUCGAGUACAGCAGCUUUCACCUCUGUACGGAUGAGGAUCGACUCGAUCGGAUUGACCCGACACGGGGUUCGUGUGACUCGGUUGGCAACCCGGUUUCCGGUCGUCUGCGGGUGAAUGCUUCACGAGAGACCUUCGGGUUGGGCCCGUGGGUCUCUCUCAGCGUCCGAGUUUCUGGUCGGGUGCGGGCCAUGAUUCGAAUAGGGCUGAUCAGGUUCGGAAUAGUUGGCCCGUGA